AUGAAUAAACACCCACAACUCAUUAGUCUUUUGGCUCUGGUAGCCGCCACACAUGCAGGAGUUUUGAGCCCUCAACAUUCUUAUUCCGAUGCUCCUUCAGUUUCCUAUUCAAGUGUUUCGAAUCCUGAAAUAUCGUAUGGUGGACCAAGUUAUUCUAAAGUUGCUGCUCCAGUUCACUAUGCAGCUGCACCAGCAAUUAAAGUAGCCGCUCCAGUAUCUUACGCUGCCCCAGUAGCAUACGCCGCUCCAGCUUUCAAAGUAUCUGCUCCAGUGUACAAAGUAGCUAAACAAGUUGUAGCUGAAGAUUACUCAACUCCAGCUCACUAUGAAUUUGGUUAUGGUGUAGAAGAUCCCCACACUGGUGAUGUCAAAAGUCAACACGAAACUCGUGAAGGUGAUGUUGUUAAGGGAAGUUACUCUCUAAUUGAAGCUGAUGGUACCAAAAGAAUAGUAGAAUACACCGUCGAUGCUCACAGUGGUUUCAACGCAGUUGUACACCGCGAACCAGCUAGCCAUUCAGUUGCUACCAAAGUCGUUGCUCCAGUAGCCUACGCUCAACCUGUUGUAAAAGCUGUUGCUCCAGUAGCUUACGCCCAACCUGUCUUGAAAACAGCUUACGCUCAACCCAUCGUUAAAGCUUCAUACGCAUCACCACUUGUAGCCAAAGUACCAGCUUUUAACAAAAUAUCGUAUUCCAGUGCCCCUGAAGUGUCUUACUCUAGUAUUUCUGCGCCAGAAGUACAUGCUGCUCCCUCCUACUACCACCACUAG